CGUAGUCAGGCAGGCCGGGUCAAUAACUAUCGGGCAGGUAGGUACAGGAGGAGCAGGCGGAGAGAAUGGUCAGGGUCACAAGCCAGGGAUCAAACAGAAGUCAGCAGAGGUCAGGAUCAGGCAGGGUCGGCAACAAGUCAGGUAGGAACAGGAACAGGAAUGCAGGUUACAAGGUACAGGGGCCCAUGGAAAAACACACACCAAGGCACAGACUGCAGGUCUGGCCAUCCCUUAAAUACACCACCUGCAAUCAGCCCCAGGUGAUGGCUAAUUGCGGAAGUGAACCUCUGGUUGUUGAGAGUACCCGCUGGCCAGCCCUGGUACUGCAGCCCACAAGGCAGGUGAGUCCCACCACUAUUGGCAAGUCCAUUCCUGACACCAACCAACUUCAAUUCUAAAACAAACUAAUCUCAAUCAUCACUACCCAGAGACAAGGCAGGCUACUAUUAGGAGGAGACUUCAACAUCAUAAACAACCCACUCCUGGACUCUUCUUCCAGUA